CAAAUUAACUAGUUGAACAACAUCAGUCUCAUCCUUAAGUGUUUUGUAUGAAGUGAUGAUGCUUGCAACGUCGCAUACUGCGAUACUUCCUGGAGUUUGUGUCCUUCUAAUAGUUCUCUUUUUCUAUGAGAAAGUUUUAUGCAUUAAACAUAUUUGUUGUAAUGCAGGGGUUUGUUAGCAGGCAAAAUGUAUGAAACUGCAAAAGGGAUUGUGACUAAUCUGGUUUCUCUGAUAGAUCAAUUUGGUUAUGUUCUUAACGGUGCAAGAGCAUACUACAGUAACAGAAGUCAGCCUCCUGUCCUGGCCACGAUGAUUGUUGACAUAUUCAAUCAGACAGGUGAUUUAAAUUUGGUUAGAAGAUCCCUUCCUGCUUUGCUCAAGGAGAAUCAUUUUUGGAAUUCAGGAAUACAUAAGGUGACUAUUCAAGAUGCUCAGGGAUCAAACCACAGCUUGAGUCGGUACUAUGCUAUGUGGAAUAAGCCCCGUCCAGAAUCGUCAACUAUAGACAGUAAAACAGCUUCCGUACUCCCAAAUAUAUGUGAAAAAAGAGAAUUAUACCGUGAACUGGCAUCAGCAGCUGAAAGUGGAUGGGAUUUCAGUUCAAGAUGGAUGAGCAACGGAUCUGAUCUGACAACAACUAGUACAACAUCAAUUCUACCAGUUGAUUUGAAUGCAUUCCUUCUGAAGAUGGAACUUGACAUAGCCUUUCUAGCAAAUCUUGUUGGAGAAAGUAGCACGGCUUCACAUUUCACAGAAGCUGCUCAAAAUAGACAGAAGGCUAUAAACUGUAUCUUUUGGAACGCAGAGAUGGGGCAAUGGCUUGAUUACUGGCUUACCAACAGCGACACAUCUGAGGAUAUUUAUAAAUGGGAAGAUUUGCACCAGAACAAGAAGUCAUUUGCCUCUAAUUUUGUUCCGCUGUGGACUGAAAAUUCUUGUUCAGAUAAUAAUAUCACAACUCAGAAAGUAGUUCAAAGUCUCAUGAGCUCGGGCUUACUUCAGCCUGCAGGGAUUGCAAUGACCUUGUCUAAUACUGGACAGCAAUGGGAUUUUCCGAAUGGUUGGCCCCCCCUUCAACACAUAAUCAUUGAAGGUCUCUUAAGGUCCGGACUAGAAGAGGCAAGAACCUUAGCAAAAGACAUUGCUAUUCGCUGGUUAAGAACUAACUAUGUGACUUACAAGAAAACCGGUGCUAUGCAUGAAAAAUAUGAUGUCACAAAAUGUGGAGCAUAUGGAGGUGGUGGUGAAUAUAUGUCCCAAACGGGUUUCGGAUGGUCAAAUGGCGUUGUACUGGCACUUCUAGAGGAAUUUGGAUGGCCUGAAGAUUUGAAGAUUGACUGCUAAUGAGCAAGUAGAAUAGCCAAAUGAAACAUCAUUGAGUUUUAUUUUCUUCUUCUGUUAAAAUAAGCUGCAGUGGUUUGCUGAUAGUUCAUGUUUGUAUUAUUUCAUAAGGUUUUUGUACCAUAUCAAGUGAUAUUACCAUGAACUAUGUUGUUCGGACUCUUAAAAAACCGUCAAGCGUGUAUCGGAUUUUGCAAAAAUAGUGCAUUUUUGGAGAAUUCGAUAACAUAGACCAUGUAUGGAUCUAAAUUGUAAACAGCUUACUAUAUUAAGUAAAAGUAAGAUGAUUCCUCUGCUUUAAUAAAUGAACAU